UCUAUAUGUAUAUAUAUAUAUAUAUAUAAGGGUGUCGGGGCACAUUGAUAUAUUCCACACAACUGGAAUUGAACAUGACGGCCCAGAAGGUGAGAUUUAAUGUUGGAGGUAGAAUCAUUGAAACGACUGCAACAACUCUAGCAACUGCACGCCGAGAUUCAAUGUUUGGAGCUAUGUUUGACGAUGAAUGGAAGCUUCAACCAAGAGGAGAUGAAUUAGUUAAACCAGAAGAAAAAGAAUACUUCAUUGAUCGUGACCCAGAUUGUUUUUCUGUUCUUCUCAAUCUUUUAAGGACGGGUAAGCUUCAUGUGCCUUCUAACAUACCUGAAAAAUUACUCUAUAUGGAGGCUAAUUAUUAUGGCCUUCUUGAUCAUGUUAGAACUGCAAAGUGGGGUGAUUUUGAUAGCAACAGGUUAAGAUUAGCGAGUACGGUCAGUGGUCAAGCUCCUGGUAAUUGUACUGCGAUCAGAGCAAGUCCCGACGGAGGUUGUGCUGUUGCUCAUGGUGGCAUCGUUCGUGUAUAUGACUGGAUGCUCGAAGAACAUCCACCGCUAAAUCUUGAAUAUCAAAGUGUUAAUGAUAUUGGGUGGAUGGAUUCAGAUAAAAUAGUGAUGAGUGUUCGCCAAAACUCGACCAGGCAUCCGGGAAUGGGUGUUUUCAGUUCUUUAACGGGGGAACUGAGGCACAGGUUUCAGUUGGGCGACGGAAAAGAUCAGGUCAAAGGCUUUGCUGCGGGAGCUUUAUGUUUUAACUCUGAUAGUAACAAGGUACUUGCUAGUUGUAGAGAAACAAGUAAUGAAGGAAUCUUGGAGUGGCAUCAAGUAACCGGAAAACUAACUGAAACAAGUAAUCAAGGAAUCGGGGUGUGGGAUCAAGUAACCGGAAAACAAACCGACUUUUUUGAUUUUUGCCUUGGUGGUGAUGCUGGAAAGAUACAAUGGUUGAACGGAAGUAAUUGUUUAUUUGUCGGCGGUUAUAUCGAUGAUAAAUACUACAUUAAUGUUUUGGAUUUUAGAGAUAAAAGUGUGGUUUGGUCGUGGCCUAAUGGUACUAAAGCUUGUGUUACUGCGUCUCGUAUUUGGGAUGCAAGUCCAAUGGACGAGAGUAAAUUUUGUGUGGUUGGUGGUGAUGAUGGAACUUUGGGAGUUUUAGAUUUGAGAAGUACCAAAGGCGGAGUUAGAUGGAACCCAUAUAGGGACGUCGAAUGUCGCUAUCGUCCUAAGUUAACAUGUCAUGCGGGGCAGGUCUUUUGUUCCAUCGAUGAUGAGAUAUCUGUAUAUUAUCAUGGUCUUGAUCAAUGGGUUUUAACAUCUACUCUUGGAAGAAGUCAAGGUGGUCCAAUUCAGGACUUCUCGAUAGGUGGUGAUCGCCUAUUUGCUCUUCACAUUGACGAGAAUGUGUUCGAUGUGUGGGAGACUCCAUCUGCCCCAAUUAUUUGAUCAAUAUAUAUAGUGCAACAAAGUCGGGUUGUUUCUCUGGUAACGUUACAAAAAUCGGUUUCUUCAGCUGAUUGAUCCUAAACCAGCUUUGUGAAGUAAUUUGGAUUUUUUUUUUUGUUGUUGAUUUCUAGUAGGGUUUGUUACCGAGAAAUUAAUGAAUUCUUUUUAAUGGU